AAGCGACUGGUUGCACAGUUGGUUUUCCAGUUUGGAUUAAGACAAUAUUUAAAGACUUUGACAGUGAUUCCAUCAUGGGAACUAAUCCAAAAAGGACGGCGGAGGUCCAGAUGGUGCCUCCGCUGGCUGUGGUGGACACGCUGGGCAACCAGGAGGCAAAUGCCAACUGGACAAAAGAGACCAACCUGAACUUCUCUCAGGUUUUUCCAAAGCCCAUCGUCACGUCUCCCGCCCACAAACAGGAUAACUCAUCUGUGACUGCGGCUCCCGCGAACGCCAUCCCACAUCCCCAGAAAACAGCUGUCACAGAACAAGUCCGCAGCAAACCAGCUCCUCCAGCCAAUGGAAACCAGACAGAAUGUGAUCAUGUGACGGGCGCGGACCAACAGAUGCCGGACCUGUCUCUACCUGGCCGAGGUGUGGGUGAGGCAAGAGGCGGCCGGAGGGACUCUAACGCUAAUAUGAAAACGUUAAGCCCGGGUGAUGAAAAGGAUAUCUGUGAGGCCGCUGUGCCAUCUGCUGCUACAGCGUCAACGCUCGACACACAGGCCGCUGACUGCAGAAUAAAAGGGACGAGUGCAGCAAAGGAGGAGCACAUGAAACCGACAUCCACAGCACAAGAGGAAAGUAAUAAACAUGUUUCUACAAAUAAUACAAAUCUUAACAAUGCCUGUAAGUUAGGGCAAACGGCAUCUGUGCGCCAACGGGAUAAUAAAAGUAUUUCAGCUCCACAGAGCAAGGACACUGCUGCAGCACAGACAUCUAACGAUCAUAUACAGAGUUUCUCACAAAGCUCUGUCCGUCUGCAGGAGACCCCCGGAUCUAUGAGAAGCAUGGAAACCACAACUACACUCUGCUGUGCGACACCUUUGUGUCAGAGCAGAGAGGCAGAGGCCGGGUCUGCAAGAAUGGAUUUAAACUCAACACCUCCAGAGAGGGAUUUGCAACCAGAGAAGAAACCGCAAGUCUCCUCAGAUAAACAUCAGCCAGCGUCCUCUCAGGCGGCCGCCUCCACUCUGCCCCAGGCAACACAAAACACAGUGGCAUACGGGCUGGUGACAGAGGAAGCCAGCCAGGCUAACACAGCUGUCUUUGAAGGGCACCAGCAGCCGCCCUGCAAACUCUACAGGGAGGCUUCAACUAUGACCUCAUCCCUGUCGUCCACUCCAGUCAAGCAGUGUCGUGAUAUGGAGGUUCAGGCGGUGGCAAACACGUGCAGCAAGGCUGUGGCCACAAGUCCGAGCCUGCUGCCUUUCGCUGCGACUCGCCGGCAGAGCGGUGGUGCAGUCCCCAGGGAGGAGGCGCAGAGCCUGGCUGUGGCCUAUCAGGGGGAUGGGUGUGUGGGUCUCCAUCACAUGAACAUGACCCCUCUAUCCGCCUCCACUGAUCCAAGGUCAGAGAAGCUGACGGUAGAGGCGGAGAUGUGCCACAACCACAAUGGAGGCAUGUUUAACUCCUCGUCCCAGCAGGCAGAGGGAGGGCCGGGGGCGAAGCCUAAGGAACCGGCUUCAUGCAACAUCCAGCCAGUUUAUCAAAUCAACAUCGAGCACAGCAGGCACAAGGAGCAGGGAGAGCCGGGAAACUCCCAGUGUAAACCUGCAGCUCAGACACCUGCAGCGAAAACAACCAGCGCUGAGGCUCCCCCUCUUAGAUCAGGAACAUCCCCGGAGAGAGCCGGCGCUUCCAAGUCUGGAUCUGCUGACAGUAACAAAACUGCAGCGUCUCCGGCUGCUGUCACAACCAAGCCUGACCAAGCCCCGCCCACAGCAAAAACAGCAGCAAAAAUCACAUCCAAGGCAGAGCCGGCUAAAAACAAAGCUGAGAGCUCCAAAGAAAAGAGCAAAGGCGUUGGAGGCAAAGUUAUGACAACGUUCGGCAAAAAGAAGACAGAACAGGCGAAGAAGAAAGAAGAUGAUGCCGAGUCAGCAAAGCAGAAGGACAAGGGCGUCCAUGAUGUGGUGUGGGACGAGCAGGGGAUGACCUGGGAGGUUUACGGGGCCUCGGUGGACCCCGAGUCGCUCGGUUUUGCCAUCCAGAGCCACUUGCAGUGCAAAAUCAAGGAGCAAGAGAAGAAACUGGUAACCCAGACCUCCAUCCGAAAGUCUUUCUCGGGCGCCGCCUCGCCGGUGCACGCCAGGAAGAACAAACGGAGGCAGAAGAACAUUUUCAGGUCAAUGCUGCAAAAUGUCAGGCGGCCCAAUUGCUGCGCGCGUCCCCCUCCCUCCGCCGUCCUCGAGUAGCACGCCACGGAGACCGGCCAAUGUCAGACUCCGCCUCCCUUUUUCAAGAGGUCAAAAUGUGUGUCCUCCCCCCCCCCACCCCACCAGCCCACCCUCCCCCGUCAUCAUGACUGCGAUGCCAAGUGAAACAUUAAAGGGGUGACGAUCCCUGUGCGUAAGUAAGUGAGUAUACUGGAACGUUGUAGCAUAAAAAAAGAGUCAAACUGUCUGUGAUGCUUGUGAUCAAAGAAAGUAGGAAAAUAGAAAUUUAAAUGAACAACUCAAGACUUAUUUUCUAGGGAUAGAUAUUGUAAAAAACAAAAAGAAAAGAGCGAGAACUUCGAACCAUUUUUAAAUAACAAAGGCAAUAAUAGUGAAACGCAUGUAUAUUAGUGACAAUGGCAGUUGUACGACCUAAAAUGAAGUGCACACCUUACAUAGCACUGAUCAUGGAAUUUACCUUAUUACUUACUAUCAGAAUAUCUGUGCAGAUAUAUGAAACCGACAUCUCAUCACAUUUGGUGCAUUUGGUAUAUGUUUUUGAGGUGUUUUAGGGCCCUAUAUUUAUAAGAUUGCUGUAUUUUCUUUUCAUGCAAAUUUAUUUUUUAGUAUGUGAUUACGCUGUACAAAAUAAAAUGAAAGAAGAAGGGGCCGAAUGCAUA